GCCCUACAAAUCGCAACAUACCCACAUUCGCUCGAAGGUACAGCUUAUCCAUCCACCUGAUGUUCACGUACGUGUAGGCCUUUUUGACACGCAGACUUUAUGCUUCUACUGGGGUCCCCAUUUGAGGAGAAAACGAAGCAGUUGAGUGUACGUGGCUGAGAUGCGCAUUAUGUGGGGCGAGACUGGCGUAUGCGGGAAAAAGUGAGUGGGAAUGUGCCGCAACGCACAAGCACAUAUGUAAGAUAUGCCCCAAUACGUACAUAAAUAAAUGUACAUUUACUGGUAUUCGUACAUCCCCUCAUUUUAUUUUUUUUAAAAUCGCGAAAAUGUGAAAAUUUUACGAAAGCAUGAUGUCAUAGAUUAACAUUUAUCACUUUGCGCAAAUUCGACCCCUCGGCAACAUUUUUUCCUCGCGUGCGAACCAGCUGAGAAAACUAACCACACGGUUACCACGCCAUAGUUUUAAGGUUAAACAGCGUUUAUCCCAUCUGUUUUUGAAACAAAAAAAAAAAAAACAUUCCAAAAUAAAGAUAACACGCAAUUGUAGAGCCUUUGCCGCAUCACCGUUAGUGAAUGAACCUAGCGGCAAUUUUUCACACGUGCCUCCCCCAAGUGAGCAUUUAAACGCAGCUCUUCUUUGCAUAGAGGGUCGAGUUACUCAAAUAAGCAGCCUUUUUACACUUAGUAAGGUACACCACACUGUGUUAUAUCCACACCUUUCACUUUAAACGCCACUUUUGAAAAAAUGAAUUUCCUGAGGAGAAACGCUGCAAAUUUGUGUAAAGGCAAAGUCUUGGGGAAGCACCUGAACUGCUCUGUGCACGAGCUAACCAACCUGAAUAAGAGAAAGAUUUCCAACAUAACCGACCUUGGGAAAUGUGGGCAAAGGUACCAAGCAACCCAUUCCGGCUCUACUAUUGGAGCAAAAAGAUUUGCUUCAAGUGAAGCGCAGAAACUGUCCGAAGUUGUGAAAGCAGAGGUGCAACAUGAGAAGUCGAAUUAUGAGGCACCAGAUAAUAUUAAGAAGUUUUUGCAAACGUCGGGGUGGAAAUUUGAGGAACAAGAAGGAGAUGUCAACAUGGUGUUAACCAAAAAUGUGGAUGGAAUGAAAAUUAUUAUCGAUUUUCAACUUGUGUCUCCAUUUCAAGCAGAAGGAGAAAAUGAAGCGCAAGCAGAAAUGACUGACUUUUCUGUUACCGUUGAAAAGCCAAACAAACAAGGAGGCAUUACCUUUUAUUGCACCACCUUACAGAAUGAUGAGAAAUUCAGAUAUAUGAUUGGAAAUGUUAAGUAUUAUAAAAAUGAAGAAGGAAAAAAUUCCGUGUCAGCUUAUAAUGGACCCGAAUUUGAAGACCUGGAUGACUCCCUACAAACUUCGCUCGAUGAAUGGUUGGCGAACUUGGGAGUAGACUCCGAGUUGUGUGAUUUUAUCGAUUCCUGUAGCAUUGACAAAGAGCAAAGAGAAUACAUGUCAUGGUUACAGAACAUUUCGAAUUUUAUCGAAUCUUAAUUUUUUUCCCCCACCCUACAUCCUUUUGAACAUUAAAUUGUGUGCACAAAUGUUAACCAUUUUUAUAUAUAUGUGUGCGGACUGACAUCUCGUUUUCCCUACAUGGUAUGCAACGCGUAUGUUAUGCAUUAUAUAAAUCGUUAAGUAGCACAAUUUAAGAACCCCCCCCUAUAGCAGUUUAUUUUCCUAGCGAAAUGUAACUGUAUUCUUUAAAUUAACUAUAACAAACAUCUCAUUUUUAAAGAAUUAUUAAUUUAAAUUAUUAUC